AUGUCUUAUCCCGAUCUCACAACGUUUAAGGCUCUGUCAUUUGACUGCUACGGCACUUUGAUAGACCAAGAGUCCGGAAUGAUCCGUGGCUUACAGCCUAUCAUUAGUCGUCUUCCUUUCGAGAGCGACUAUAAAAAGAAUCCUGUUUUGUUGAUUCAACGCUUUCAUGAGCUUACCCAGGUCGUUGAAGAGGAGGAGCCUACCCUGCGCUACGGCAGUAUCGUCUGGCGCUCAUUCAAAAGUCUCGCAAACGAGCUCAGUGUUUCUAUACCUGAAGAAGAAAUGAACCAUCUUGUGUCCCUACCUGGAACUUGGCUGCCUUUCCCCGACACAAUUCCAGGCUUGCAAAUUUUGAAGAAACACUACAAACUCAUCAUUCUCACUAACAUGGAUAACGUCAACGCCUCUUCAACUCUAAAGCAUCUUCAGCCCGCUGAAUUCGACAAGGUCUACACUGCCGAAGACAUCGGUAGUUAUAAACCCGCUAAGCGAAACUUUGACUACUUGUUUGAUCAUCUGAGAAGCGAUCUGCACGUCGACAAGGAUCGCGGGGAAUUACUACACGUAGCGAGAAGUUUGACUGCUGAUCACGUCCCGGCCAAACAGUUCGGCAUCAGAAGUGUCUGGAUCUCUCGCGGCGGGGAAAAGAAAGAGGGUACAGGUGUUGGAGGUGACUAUGAGAGAUUGAAAGAAAAUGUGGCGUUUGAAUGGAGAUUCGAUAGCAUUGGGAAAUUUGCGGAGGAAGUUGAGAGACAAUUCGCUGAAAAGACCGUGUAG